AUUGUCACACUAGCAAUUGUGGGAAAUAGAGGAUAUGCCGAGGAUUAAGGAACUUCAACGUGAAUUCUGAUCAAAUUCUCAAAUGGGUCAUGGAAUUCAUCUUCUUGUUUUCGUUUUGCUCUGUUUCUCAUUAAGAUGUGAGUCAUGGGGUUGGUUUUCGUCAUCUAAAGGGACUCCCUCUUGUGACAGGUCUUAUGCCAAAGAAGGCAAUUUUAGAGGCUCUAGUGCUGAGUUCUCUAUUGAGGCCUUCAAUGACCAAAAGGGUAUUAAGUUAAUAGAUAAUGCUAAAAAUAAAAUGAUUGGCUCAAACACGUGUUGGCAAAAUGCUUAUCAACAUCUUUUUGCUGGGUGUUCUGAUAUUUUGUCUAUUGAUGAGAAGAGGUCUAGAUUUGCUUGGCACCUAAGUGAUUGCUUUCAGAGGGAUUCUGGCAGGCCUGCAUUUCCUCAUUGUGAUCCAAAAUCUUCCAUUGCUUCAUGCUUAAGAACCUUAGAUGAUCUUGCCCAUAAGGUUUACCUUGAAUUCUACCUUGAAACCAACACUAUUUGUUAUCAGUUACAGGCACAUGCAUUCAAACAUGAAACGGAGAGACUUGUGACUGAAUUAAAAAGUACAUCCCAAUAUGUAGAGUACAAGUUAGAUAGCAUUGAAGAGAAAUCAGAGCAUCUAUUACAAGGCUCAAAACAAAUUCUUGAUUCUCUUGAUUCAAUUGAUAGUUAUACACAAAAAGUAGCCCAAACUGCUAAAAAUGUGGAAGGUCACAUAGACACUGUAUUAAGUCAUUCAAAGAGUGUUUAUGAGCAAACUACACAAAUUGCAUUAUCACAAUCACAGAUAAAAGAAGGACAAGAGGAUAUAAAGAGAAACUUGGAGGAUGGGGUAGCAAUGCUCAAAGACUCAUACAAUUAUUUGGGUAAAGAAAUUGAAAAGUUAAGAGACGAAGCAAUUGAGAUUGAGAAUGAGGUUAUUAAAGUUGGAGAUGCUAUGUCAUCCAAGAUGAGCAUCCUGCAAAGCAAAGCUGAAGAUAUUGGGAAUAUGGCUGGAAUUUCCUUGGAUAAGCAACAGCAACUUUUAGAUGGACAAUCCACAGCACUAAAGAGCCUAAAUUCAUUGACUGAGUUUCAGUCCAAAGCACUAGAUGAAAGCAGGAAAACUCUACAAUAUUUUGCUGAAUAUGGGCACACACAACAUGAAGAGCUUCUUCGACGUCAGGAAGAGAUUCAAGGACUUCAUGAUCAUUUAAUGGAAAAUUCAAAAUCAAUUUUGUCUGCUCAGGAAUCUUUUGAAUCAAAGCAGGCUACCAUGUUUGUUGCUUUAGACAAGCUUUUUGCUUUGCAAAAUGCCAUGCUGCUUGAAUCAAGAAUAAUCAAAGCUUUCUUCAUUUAUUCCAUAUCAAUCUUUGUCAUCUUCAUGUUGACUAGUACAAAGCAAACCUACAAUAUCAGGCCAUAUCUAUAUCUUGAGCUUUGUGCUACUUUCUUCAUGGAGGUAUUCAUUAUUCGUUUGACUAAUGAUAACAUUGAGCAUCAAACCUGGAUAAUAAACAUGGUUCGAUUAUUUGUCUUGGUAGCUGCUUCAGUUCAACUUCUAUAUGCCAUUUGCACAUACAGGAACUACGAAAUGUUGAACCAUCAAAUGCUGCUAACUCUAAUCAACAAGGUUAACAGCAUGCAAAAACAAAAGGAGUUGUCGUGGGACUUGGAGGAUACUGAUGAUGAUAUGGAUUGGUCUCAGUGGGUAGAUGCUGAUUUAUCUGAUGAUGUGAAUUGCAUUGGUGAUCCUGACUAUAUACUUCCUGAAGAAGUUGCAGAGAAUUCAAUCACGGUUUCUACAACUACAAAAAAUUAUAAUCUACGCUCGCGCAAUCGUUGAUUGUCACCACCUGACUCUAGUUUUGUAAUUAGACCAUUGAGAUCAUCUGUUCACAUCACCGUAUUCUGUUAAUUUGUUUCAUAAUUCUGGAUUAUGUAAUAGUGUAUUGUAUACACGCAAAUAUACAUUUUUUUUAAAGUUGUGUAAUUAAAGUUGGCUACUUACAAU